AUGGCGGCGGGCGCGUCGGACCCACUGGAGGAGAUGCUGCUCUUCUCCGAGGAGGUGGACGAGAAGGCGCUCAGCGACCUGGUGGGAUCCCUGGAAUCGCAGCUGGCCGGCGGCCGCGGCCCCGCCGAGCCACCCCCGCCCAGGACCUCCGCCCCGUCCCAGCAGCCGCAGCAGGGGAGCCUGGCGGGGGGCAGCAGCCCCGGCCGGCAGCAGCCCGGCCGCCCCGCGCCCGCUCCCGCGCCCGGGGCAGGGGAGGCGGCGGGACGCCCCGGCAGCGCGGGGAGCCGAGCCUCCGCCCAGGGGCCUCUCCCGUCCCCGUCUCCCCCGGCGGCGGCGGCAGCGGCGGCGGGGAGGGGAGCGAGUGUAAACACCGCCGCCGCUCGGGACGCGGGGAGCCCCGGCCCCGGCCCCAGCCCGACCGCCGCCGACGGCGCUCCGGGGGCCGCGGGGGGCGGCGGAGCGGCGGAAGCGGCCGAGGGCGCCGCCGCCGCCCCCGCGCCGUGCCCCGGCCAGGCGGCGCCCAACGGGGAGGGCGCGGGGGCCCGGGCGGCCGCGGUGCCGCCCGUCGGCGGGCACGGCGGGGCGGCCGCCGCGCAGCCCCAGCCCGCGCCCGGCGCGCUGCCCGCGGGCACCGCGCUCGGCGCCUCCGCCAGCCCCGCGCCCGCUCCGCCGGCCCCGGGCUCGGCCCCGCCGGCUCCCGCGGCCCCCGCCGCGCCCAAGCCCGCGGUCACCGCCAAGGCGGGCGCUGCCCUGCCCGCCGCCCCCCAGGCCGUGUCGCCGCGGCCGGCGCUGGGCGCUGCUCCCCGGCUCGUGGCCCCGCAGCUGAUCGUGCGGCCGCCGCCGCCGCACGCCACCAUCCAGCUGCCGCCCGGCUUCACCAUCCCGCCCGGGAUGGUGCUGGUGCGCACGGACGCCGGGCAGCUCGUGAUGGUGCCCCAGCAGGCUCUGGCACAGGCUCAGAUGCAGGCCCAGGUGCAGACACAGGGACAGGGUCCUGCCAACGUGUCACCCAGGCUUUCUGUGCCCACAGCUGGCCCCGUUUUUCGCCUGUCCACAGCUCAGCAGCCAACGUCCGUGGCCACCUCCAGCGUCCGCCUGGGGCUCCCGGUGCAAGCCAAGGUGGUGCCAUCCACAGCAGCGCCUGCCAGCGCCACAGCCACGCUGCCAGGAGGGGCUGUGCUCUCACACACCACGGUAUCAGUAGCUACGACGAGCGCUCCAAAUUUGUUCAAGACGACGGUGGCAGGGGGAAGUGCGGGCUCGCAGCAGCCUGCGGUGCUCAGCGGCGCGCAGAGCCAGGGCUCGGGGCAGCCCCGGCUGCCGCUGCCCCCACACACGGCAGCGCAGGUGCCGGCACAGCCCCUGGUCAUUCCCAGCUCUCCUGUGCCUGGAACCACCGUUGUGUCCCAGGAAAUGCAAGAGAAUGUGAAAAAAUGUAAAAACUUUUUAGCUACCCUUAUAAAGCUUGCUUCUCAUAAUUCACCAUCUCCAGAAACGUCCCGCAAUGUGAAAGCUCUGGUUCAAGAUUUGUUGGAUGCAAAGAUUGAUCCAGAAGAAUUUACAGGCCGCCUUCAAACAGAACUCAAAUCAUCUCCUCAGCCAUAUCUUGUACCUUUCCUUAAGAAAAGUCUACCUGCACUGAGACAAUCUUUACUGAAUAGUCAGCAUUUGGUUUUGCAAGGCCAGCCGUCUCAGCAGUCACUCCAACAGACCAAGCUCUCACAAGUUAUACCUCAGUCUGCCUCGGGAAGCAUCUCCUCUGUUGUCACGACGCAGACAAUAGGAAUAAGGCAACCAAACAACAUUUGCACAGUCUCUGUAUCAAAUACAGUGCAGCCUCCUCAGGUUAAGGUGGUACAGUCAAAUCAGAGUUCUCAACUGCAGAUUAUCCAGUCAACAUCUGCUCAAACUGUGAAACGAACCCCUGCUUGCCAGACUACCCAGAUUAGGAUGCCAGUGGUAAUAACUCAGACCAUUAGACCACAAGGCACAGUAGGGAAGGCACCAACAAUACAAGCCAGUAAAAGUCCUGGGGGCUUUGGUGUUCAGGUCUCUGCAAAUCAGAAAAACAAGCUGAAUGACCCUGGAGGUGGUUCUUUCAGAGAUGAUGAUGACAUCAAUGAUGUUGCCUCUAUGGCUGGCGUUAAUCUUAAUGAAGAAAGUGCCCGAAUUCUGGCUACCAACUCUGACUUGGUUGGAGCCCAGAUCCAGUCCUGUAAAGAUGAACCCUUUCUUGCUGCUAUACCUCUCCAUAAACGCAUACUUGAAACGGCUAAAAAACUAGGAAUUACUGAUGUGCCAGCUGAGGUGGUUACUUUUAUUUCCCACGCAACACAGAGCAGACUGAGGACAGUGAUAGAGAAGGUGACGGUGAUAACCCAGCACCGGAUGGAGUCGUACAAAGAUGAUGAGUGGUACGAACAAGCCACAGAUGUCCGAUCACAGCUGAAGUUCUUUGAGCAGUUGGAGCGUUUGGAAAAGCAAAGGAAAGAUGAACAAGAGAGGGAAAUUUUGCUGAAGGCUGCCAAGAGUCGCUCAAGGCAAGAAGACCCAGAGCAAGCUAGACUGAAACAAAAAGCAAAGGAGAUGCAGCAGCAGGAGCUGGCCCAGAUGAGGCAGAGGGAUGCCAACCUGACAGCCCUGGCAGCCAUCGGCCCCCGCAAGAAGCGGAAGCUGGAUGCUCCUGGCCUGCUCACCAUGGGAGGAGAGGGCGUGGGGGUGUGCGGGGGCAGCCCGGCCGGGCUGGGCACGGCCUCGCCCCGCCAGUACCCCCGGCAGAAAAUCACACGAGUCAACCUCAGGGACUUCAUCUUCUACAUGGAACAGGAGCGAGAAAUGAGCCGUUCCCUCCUGCUCUACCGAGCUCUGCUUAAAUAAAGCCAACAGUCCUACUGAUUGCUCCACAGAAGCUCAACUUGCUUUGAAAGCUGUCAUUUUAAUGUGCCUUCUAUUUUUUUCAGAAGUCAAUGUUCCGGUAAUUUUGUUUUGUAAAAUUGUCAGACACAUGCAAUAAAUUCCCUUUAUGUAAAAUAUAUAUAUAUAUAUAUAUAUAUAAACGACAAAAAAAUGUGCAAAAGGUUUUAAAAUGUUAACUCCACAAAUAAAAUCAACAUCAAACUCUUGCUCCAUCUGGCCAUUUUAGGUAAGACUGAAGUAGCUGGUGUUGAAGUUACACAAAUGCAAUGGCUCAGCUAAACCAUCUCCUGGCCAGGCGUGGGACAGGGUCACAGGAGUGAGUCCCAGCCUUGGUGUUCACCUGAGUGUUCCUCCUCGUGCUGGACUUGUUUUGUUUUCAGUUUCCUAGCACUGUCUCACUAACCAUGGUGAUACCAGUUGCUAUUUGACUUAGUUGUAAUGGCAAUUUUUUGCACAGCCAAGAGACUAGCCACUGCACACUCCUACAAAUUUUAUAUUUAGGAUUUUUGCUUUUACUGCACAGCUCAUUUCCUAAGCCAUUUGCUGAACCAAAUCUUAAGUGUAUGAAAUCUGUGUGCAGGCUCUCAGCUGAGUUACCUUGACUUGCUUCCAGUUGUUUUCUAAAUCUCAUCAACCUUUUGCGCAUUUGUAGCAGCUGGUUAGUAACAAGAUUCAAAGUUGGGUUUUAUUUUCUAAAAAAAAUGUUAAUUUAUUUAUUGCAAAUAGUAUGGUUUAAUGUGGUUUUAAAAGAGAAUAUUGUUGGGUAAAGAUUUGAGAGUAUUCUAUGUGGAUUUUUAAAGUUGCUGUAAAGGUUUUUGGGGGCCGCUUCCACUCCUGGAGUGGGGAGAGCAGUGAGCCCAGUGGCACCUGGAGCGAGGACACAUGGACCACGGCUCCAGCCAGAGAGGCUCCUGAGCAGGCACACGGCUUUAAGCAUGAGGAGCAGCUCUAAGUACCUAAAGGUGGGGUGAAUGCCUUUUAAAUGCUUUGCUGAAGCAGAAUUUGGGCCCACACGAAGCCGAGUGAGGCCGGUGUGAGUCUGAGAAAUGGGGAUCGAGUGGGGCACGAACAGGCAGGGUGCAUGAGCUGUGCUGCAGUCAGCAGUGUUACAGUACCACAAGGGAGACAUUUGCUUAUUUAUCUUCUCCAUUUUUACUAUGUUAUGCUUGCCACUUUUUUGAGGCAAUAUUUUUUUUGAUGGGAAACCAUAGCGAAAGCACAAAUAGAACUAUUUGUCCAAUAGUUUUAAAAACAAAGGUUUUAAUUAUUUUUUAAGGUUUAUGAAAAGCAGAAGAAAAUUUAUACUGCUGCUAUUUAGCCAAAAGAUUAUUCAUAAGGUAUUUAAGGCCAGGACGUGUAAAGUUAUGUUUUAAAUGUAUUGAUAAUUUGUACAUAUGUUUAUAAAGGCCUUGUGUUUAUUAGAGUUACGUUAUUUUGAUGAUUUCUGUACAUACUGGUAAAUACCCCCAAUUUGUGUGAAAACAUACUCCCUUAUUUGUACUUAUUUUGUAAAGAAAUAAAACAAUUUACUAAAGUAA